AUGACCGCUAGCAUCGAGGAGAUAUACGCCCAGGAACGGCAGAAGCGCAUCCGCCCUGAGGGGACUGCCCAAUACGUCGACUUUGAUUCCUCCUCCAACUUAAAAAACCUUGCCAAAGAUCCAUGGGUAGAUUAUGAGACUUUGGCUAAGACAGAUCCUCCACUGCGGGAUGGCGAUAAAAUCAAAUUCUUGGUUACUGGCGCAGGCCAUAAUGGUAUCCUCUUUGCCGCCCGCUUGAUUGAAGCCGGCUUCAGCCAUAAAGACAUCGUCCUCGUUGAUGUUUCUGGCGGCUAUGGGGGCACAUGGUACUGGAAUCGCUACCCUGGACUCAUGUGCGAUGUUGAAGGGUAUUGUUACCUGCCGUUGUUGGAGGAGACAGGCUACAUACCCCAGCACAAGUACUCGUACGGUGCUGAGAUACGGAAAAAUGCUGAACUGAUUGCGAGUCAUUAUGGAUUUCAGUCCAUGUUCUGCACCAAAGUUGACCGUCAAGUUUGGGAUGAUGCAAAGGGCGACUGGGUUGUCGACUUGACUCAGUCAUUGGGCCAUGUCCGUCCACCUACCAAACUCACUGUGAGAGCUCAGUUUCUCUUCAUGGCAGGAGGUACACUUUCUGUCCCAAAGAUGCCCAACGUACCAGGUUUUGAAGAGUUCCAUAAACACCGUCAGGUAUUUCACACCUCUCGAUGGGAUUAUUCAAUCACUGGCGGCAGUCAAGAGAAACCUGAUAUGACCAAGCUCCAAGACAGGACUGUCGCUAUCAUCGGCACAGGAGCAACGUCAGUCCAGGCUAUACCUGAGUUAGCGAAAUGGGCGAAGCAUCUUUACGUCAUCCAACGAACACCCUCGUACUGUGGUGAACGUCGGCAAAAAAUCACAACCACUGAAGAAUGGGCCAAAGUAGCAGAUGGACCCGGCUGGCAAACUCGGAGAUGCGCAAACCUUAACAGCCAUUGGUCUGGCAACCCGGACCCCGUCGAUCUUGUUGACGAUGGCUGGAGCCACAACCCAGCGCGCGCCGGCCUGAUAGGAGGAAAUGGCUGGUCUGUCCAACCUGACACAGUAAAGGAACACAUUGAAAAACUGCUUGCGAUUGAUCGCCCUAUUGCAGAAGACCUUCGCAGUCGUGUUGACAAGGUUGUCGAAGACGAUAAAGUAGCCGAGAAACUGAAGCCCUGGUAUCCUGGGUGGUGCAAGAGACCCACUUUCAACGAUGGAUAUCUUCAGUCUUUCAACCGCAGUAACGUCACCCUACUAGACACAGACGCUAAAGGAAUCGAGGCUUUUACAGAGCGUGGUAUCGUGGUUGGUGGGCAGGAAAUUAAUGUCGACGUACUUGUACUAGGCACAGGAUUUGUGUUUGGUUUCGAGCGUACACCAAGUGAUCGCCACGACGCUCCUGUUCUGGGGCGAGGCGGCCAGUCUAUCAAUGACAAGUGGCGUUCCCCUAACUUUGGCACUUUGUUUGGGAUUACUGUGCAAGACUUUCCCAAUUUGUUUGGCAAUCUUGGCUCUGGCAUGGGCAGUUCGUACAACACGACAUCCACGUAUGAUACCAUCGCUCGUUUGGCAGCCUACAUUGUCGCCGAAGCGUCGCGAAAGUCUUCUGAUGCCGAAAAGCUCGUCAUCGAACCGUCAGCAGAUGGGGAAGAAAGAUGGACUUCUGAGGUUGCAAAAAGGGCAGCAUGGUAUUCGGCUAUGACCAUUUGCACGCCUUCGUACUUCACAAACGAGGGAAAGUCAACGGUCGCGCCUGAAUCACCCGAAGAAGCUGCUCUGAAGGCCAGAAAGUCUACGUGGGGAGGUGGGCAAAACGACUACCGUUGUAUAAUAGACGAUUACAUGGCGAGGACCGAAAACAAGCUCGAGGGUUUCUUGAUCCGGGAAGUCAACUCAAUGAAUGAGCCAUAGUUGUCCUAUGUACUGUGGAUUCCAGACUAGAUGAAAUCUCAAUUGGAAUACAGGAUGUUUUUGC